AUGGAGUCUCUCCAGAUCAGAACACCUCAAGAAACACUGCAGAGAUCGAAAGGGAAGAGAACUCACUGCUGCUCUGACUGUGGGAAGAGAUUCACCUCAUCAGGCAUUACAAUUCAUCAGAGAAUACACACAGGAGAGAAACCGUAUAGCUGUGAUCAAUGUGGGGAGAGUUUUGUUCAAUCUGGCCAUCUGACAUCACACCAGAGAACACACACAGGAGAGAAAUCUUAUAGGUGUGAUCAAUGUGGGAAGAGAUUUGGUCAAUCUGGAGAACUGACUGUGCACCAGAGAAUACACACAGGAGAUAAAUCCUAUAGCUGUUAUCAAUGUGGGAAGAGUUUUGUUCAAUCUGGCCAUCUGACAUCACACCAGAGAACACACACAGGAGAGAAGUCCUAUAGCUGUGAUCAAUGUGGGAACAGUUUUGUUCGGUCUGACCAUCUGACUCUACACCAGAGAACACACACAGGAGAGAAAACGUAUAGCUGUGAUGAAUGUGGAAAGAGUUUUACUUCAUCUAACCAUCUUAUUGUACACCAGAGAACACACACAGGAGAGAAACCUCAUAGAUGUGAUCAAUGUGACAAGAGAUACUCUGAUAAAAGCCAUCUGAUCAAACAUCACAAAAUACAUACAUGGAGGAGGUUUUCAUGAUAUCAAUGAAAUAUCCCACUUAGCAAAAUGUAGUUGAAAAUGAGACUAAGUCCGAAGUCCAAUAUACAUAGGUUGAAAGUGAAAGUUGAGAAGAUGUUUUUCUGGUAAUUUAACUUAAUUUCAACGUACUUGCAGCCUAUACACAUGGAUGCAGUGUAAUAAAUGAGUCUAUAAUCAAUUAUAUUAACAAUCCUACAUCACUCCAGUAUUUCUUAACAUUCAAGUGCUUACUUGUCUUUAUUCCACUACUGAAGAAGCACGACUCACAUCACCUCAUAUUUCAAACAUUCAGCCUGCCAAAAUAUUUGUUUUAUUAUUCCAUGCCUCACCACCAAGUUAAUUAUUGCCAAUACAUUUUAACAAAGGAGUGUACAUUUGGUUUUGAUCAUUCAUAUUUACAAUUCAUGUAACAUUUAGUAAUCAUAAUUAUUUAUGCAACCAACUGACAAUUUUUGGCUACAAUUAUAUUGACAUUGUUGCCCUGCUUAUAAAAUACCAGAGUUCAUUCUCAGAUGUGCCAACCCAAAUGUACUAGAGCAUGACAUUGGGGACUGGGCCCCGAUCCAACAACAUCCUUAUCAAGUGAACCCUGAAAAGUGAGAGAAGCUCCGCAGGGAGGUGGAAAGUUACUACAGAUAUUAAGGAAUGAGAAGCUAGUGAGUUUUAGGAAGAUGAGAGUUCUAGAAGCUGGUGAGUUUUAGGAAAUCAAAUCAAAUUAUAUAGCCCUCCGUACAUCAGCUGAUAUCUCAAAGUGCUGUACAGAAACCCAGCCUAAAACCCCAAACAACAAGCAAUGCAGGUGUAGAAGCACGAUGGCUAGGAAAAACUCCCUAGAAAGGCCAAAACCUAGGAAGAAACCUAGAGAAGAACCAGGCUAUGUGGGGUGGCCAGUCCUCUUCUGGCUGUGCCGGGUGGAGAUUAUGACAGAACAUGGCCAAGAUUUUCAAAUGUUCAUAAGUGACCAGCAUGGUCCAAUAAUAAUAAGGCAGAACAGUUGAAACUGGAGCAGCAGCACGGCCAGGUGGUCUGGGGACAGCAAGGAGUCAUCAUGGCAGGUAGUCCUGAGGCAUGGUCCUAGGGCU